AUUUAUUUUCACAAAUGGAUUAGAAGUACUUUUUAGUUACGAGAAGUGAAUUUGACGGAUAUGAUAAACUUUUCAAUAGAAUAUUUUUUGCGACGAAGAGGAUUAACGUUUGAAAAGUACAGACGCAAACGCGUGGAGAAAUGGACAGUGGUGUAGAAUAACGGCGCGAGGGACGAACUUGUAGGAUGUCUUGUCAGUCAACAGCCUCAGGUAUUCAUGGGAUUCUCCCCUUCGAAGCGACGAGGCUGCACGUCGCUCGUAAUUUGGCUUACUGUCGACCUUUUACCCGAGCUUUCAUCGCGGACUCUUUUUCUCUUUCUACGCAAACCGCGAAAUGACAGACAGUCAGUCAUACAGACUUAUUUUAUGAUCGCAAUUCAUCUAGAAUUAAUUCAGUCUCGUAUGGAAUAUUACAAUUUAUGUAACUAUGGUAACAGGAAUGUUUUUUUUUUUAUUAAAGCCAUCUCAUUACACGUGAUUGAUGUCACAUUAAUUUGUGUUCUAAUACUUGCCACCUUCGCAGCUACAUUAUUAUCUGCUAGUUACGUAAAUAUAUUUGCCGGGGUUCGUCAGAUAUGCAGCAAGAUAUUAAAAUUAUAUAAAUGCCUGCAGAAACGAAUGCAAGAAAACAAUAUUCCUCUCAUAAAAAGAUAACCACUCGAUGUUUUGCAUGUUUACUUAAUUGAAGAGCUUUUUCAUGAAUCACGUGUCGAAUCUCGGUCUUCCUUACGAUUUUUCCGACCGUCGCGUCGUUUCGUUACGUACGCUAAUUAAUUAUAUAUUCACGGCGCGUAGAAACGCGUUGCUCAUCCUCGCUUAUUUACGACUGCACCGCUCUUAAAAGAAUCUGUUCGACGUUUCCAUUGUAAGGGGGUAGCGCUCGGGAUCAUUUGUAAAGAUGAUUAAUUGAAUCUCGAGAAAUGAUGCGACAAUCAUUUUUCUUCUGUCGAGUAAUAAAUGAAUUGGAAGAUGCUUGAAAUUCGUCUUGAAUAAAUGUGAUUGUGUUCGAUGUUUCGUGAGAGUCGCGAAACUAGAUCAAAGAUUUCUUUAGGUCAGGGUUCUUCACUAACAAGUCUGUUCGAGGGUUGAUCGAUAAACGAGGUGCGCCUUGCGAACAAUUCUGGUGGAUUUAACACAAGCGUCCAUUCUUCUUAACAUCUUUUAGUACUUCAUAUCGUAUUUGAACGCUUUUAAUGGCUGUCCCAGUUUAUUCUUAAUAGAAUAGAUAUAUCGAUAUGUGCAAUAGCCAGAUAUUGCGAUUUUAAUGAAUUAAAUUAUAUAUUUACAAAUCAUAUCCACGUAUAAAAAACACUAAUUAUAAUCAGUUUGCAUGGAUCGUACAUAAGGGAAACGCGUUUUACUCGGACGAGUGGAGAACCGUAAUUACACCGCGGCAGCUGAUUAACGUGGCCAGGGACGAAACGUUUUCUUGGCCGAUGUAAUGUGACGAAUUAAUGGGGCGUACGGUGAUCACCGUGAUUUAUCGAUCGUUUGUCUCAGAGCUAGCAUCCUUGUUCUUCGAUCCAAAAUUAAUCUAGGUCAACACAUACUCUAUAAUCUACUGUUUUAAUAAUUUUUUUGUACAAAUCGUUGGAACUCUUAAAAAAUGUCUGAUUCCUUGAAGAAUUGCUAAUUUUCGAUUUGCAAUCAAGUCCCUUCGCGUCGCAAAGAUAUUGUUACGUGACCAUUGUGCGUCCGAUGACUGACCUACUGAUUUAGCAUUUGAUCGAUCAAGACGCCGGCGAGAAGAACUCGCGAGAAUACGGUUUUCCAUUUUUACUGUCGACAAGUGAAUUAAUAAUUCUGUCGUGUUUAUCGCAUUCACGUGGUAUUGCUCAAUACUCGUCAUCGAAUUACGUUCAUGUGGAAGAUCUUGCUCGUAACUCUGUACCGCGAAUGUGAAAAAAAAAUAGCGAGAUCAAACUGUACAAAUUAUCCAUACGAAGCACGUAAUUAGGAGUUUAUCUGCGAGUCUCGAUGAUAGAAAUUUUUUCACCAGAGGUCAUUAAAAUUGUAAUCGCUGGGCAAAUGAUAAAUCAAUGGAGCGGUUAGAAUGAAAACUCGCAUGUGGUAUUACCGGAGGUCGUGCGAAUUUAUCGGGAUCGUAGUGAAACCAGUAUCUUACAUAAAGCACCCCGACGACGAUGGAAUUGUAUGGCGACGAGACUGUCCUUAAAGGUGACGCGUGAUCAUUGGGUCCCCAUGAAUCCGCGAACCAGCACGUACAGAUCGCCGAUCGAUAACGUUAAUUGCUCCUGCGGAUCGAUUAAGAAAACAGAUCCGUCUAUUUGUACCCUUGCCUUGAGUAAAUAACGCGAGUUUUGCGAAAUCUUUAUAUAAUCUCGAGGACGUGAAUCGAUGCUUUUACAUUUCUAUUUUUCUCAUUAGUCCACUUCGAACGUAAGUCACUUCGUUACUCUUUAAAAUACUGGUAUAACGAGAUUAAAGUUGUAUCUGGUGUUGAAAAUUGUCUCUGAUUCAUCUGAGGACGCAGUCAAUGAAUCUCAUGAAACUCUCGUUUUCCUCUGAAACGCGGAUAGACGAUCAGGAUUUUAAACGAUCGACGAAUAAUCGCUGCUUUACGUAAGCGUGGUGAGAGGGUACGAUAGUAAAUACGUGACACAUUCAGUAACUUAUGCAACCCGCGAAUUCUUCUGAUUCGCAAAGAUUCAUAAUCUCGUUGCCUCAAUACUGAAAUGCUCCGCUUUGCGCGAUAUGCUAAUUUUCUUAUUUGAUCAGGAGACUAUCUUGCUCAUCUUCUUGGAAUAGAUUUUAUCUGACAAUGACUUUGUUGGAUUAAUGAUACGAAAAGGGUAAGCUUCGUGAUUUCAAAUAAACUUCACAUGCAGAGAUAACUAUUAUACAUGGAAUAAAAAUUUCCUCUAAAGCGAUACGACGGUGAUUUAUGUAUAAUUAAUUUAAAGACCAUAAACUACGUUCGUCAAUUAAGAUUAUGAGAAGGAAAAAUCGUGUGUAAUCUUGAGAUUGACACGUCGUUAGACUUUGGACUUUAUCACUGGCUCAUCCCCCGUUAAUUAAUUACCAGCCUGUCGCGCAAUUAGUGCAGAAAAGUGCAAGACGUUGCCUCGCGUAACGCAAGUUCUAAAUUAAUGCUACUCAGAGUUACACGAAUUAUCUCGCUAUUAAAUUAUAAUACUGUUGAAAGUAGACGACUUUUCCUAUAGGAGGAUGUAACAAUUAAUAUUUGUACGGCCUUCGAACAACAGAUAAAGAUACUAAUGUUUACCAAGUACUAAAGAUUACGUACACAUUCCGAUGCACUUGGAACAAAACUGUGUUUGUCUCGCAUCAAGGAUUGAAACCUUAAACAAGUAUCAUUGUUAAGAAGAGUGUACGUAGAGUACCUAUGUUGAAACUAUUUUUAGUGCUCAGAUAUUGAGUUUAAUCAACAAAUGAUCCCUAGAUCUGAAGAUAUUAGUCAAUUGAUCAGCUGACUCAUGUUCUUAUCUAUGCACAUCCUAACAUACGUUAUACAAUAUCUUUUAUAAAAUUAGUUUAAUAAUUUCCUUCAAUAAAAAUUAUUUUCCAAUCGCUCAUUCGACCCUAUCCCAUUCUUAGACUUCAAUCUCGUAGAGUCAAUCAAGAGUAAUGAAGGAAUUACUAAUCCUUUAUCGAGGUAAUCUCACGUAAUCUGAAAAUCUCAUCUUGAGUAACCACGGCGGCGGUGGCGGCGGCCGAAACAUCCAACUUCGCACGUGAAUCGUUUACGUAACGCGCUAGUUGCUCGCCGAGGUGGAGCCGAAGGGAACAGCAGCGUGCAGAAACGGGGGGACGAUAGUUGCAUGACGAGGCCUUGCGGCUCACCGCGCACCAGCUCCGAGUCCAAGGCACUCGUGUUACGCCUACGUGUUGUCACCGCUACGUGCAUCCGUCCGGCCAGGGUACGCUGAGAAACCACGGAAAACUCGUCGAGCUCGUGAACCAGGUGGAGGGGCACCGUCACGCUCCUCCCUGUUAUUAUGCACGCGUUCCCUUUUUGGCAUUUUUCCGCGCGGUGCUCUUAGUCCCGCACCAUCGUCCGCGACCGCUGGUCUCUCGAGCCUCUCCUCGUUUUUUUUUUUCGUUCAGUUUUUUCGAUUCUAACUGGCAGCACGCGUAUGGUGUACGAUCGAAUAAUUGUAAGGGUUCCAAGAGUGAGCCGUCGGGGAGGUUGCGUUCUCCUGAUUGAAAUUCAUUGACGUUUCAUUCGAAUUAUUUCGAACAUGUUCGAGCGAUUAAGAUUAUGAUCGCGCAUACUGUUUACGUCUUCCAUUCUGAAUCUCGUAAAUCGUCACUUGAAAUCAGCCAACCACGAGCCAACGAACUAUCGCGAGAUGUCAAAGACCGCGAGUGCGUCUGAGAAACCGAGCGCGCACGUCCCAGGGUUCUCCAUUUCACGACCUAGCCGUCGAUCUUGAGUGGUCCAGCCGCGGAAGGCGUUUCCAUUCGUCUAGCCCACCCGUCGAUCAUCGAGGGAAAUUAUACAAGAAUAAAAGUAAAAAAACCGAGUGAGUGGGAGAGUACGCGUCGGAUUAUCCGUGGCCGGGCUGUGAUCGGACCUAGAAAGACGGCUGUUCUAAGGUUUCCGCGUCGGCCGUAGGAAGCCAGCCCGUGGACUACUGUCCGCCAGAGCGAGACACACGAAACGGCGACGCGCGAGGAUCGUGCCGAAGCAGCUGCGAAACAAAAGGUACGAGAGCGCCUCUCCUGUCCUCUCUCUGGCCCGUCCGCGUGCGGGAUGGAUCGGAACGAGAGCGCAAACGAGGGCGGAAGCUCGCCGGACACGGUGAUCGCUCGGUCCUCGUCCGAGGAGGACCGGAACAAGUACGCGUGCACCACUUCCGGCGAAUACGCGACCGUCGGCGGCAGCAGCUCCAGUCUGGACACUGUCACCGGCGCCGGGGUCGUCGCCGGCGUCGCCGAGGACAAGAAGAAGGGUAGAUUCGGCGCGCUGAAGCAGAGUUUUCGGAAAGAGGGCGGACUGUUCAAGAUCAGGAAGAAGAGUAAGCCCCUGGACGAACCGGCUGUCGAGACCGAACAGGACGUCGAGGAAAAAGAAGCGGGUUGCAAGCGGAGCCCGGAGGAGGAGGAUCGCAAGGACGAUGGCUCGCCGUCGACCUUGAAGAAGAAGAAGAAAAAGACGCACUCGCUGGUGCGCAAGCUAAGCCUGAACAAAUUUCGCCUGUCGGCCGAGCAGGAGCAGCGGCACACGCCCGAGGGUGGCGACAGCAGCCGAUCGCAGAGCCAAUCGUCGCAGGAAUCGCCCAGUUUGUCAGAGAGUCCGUCUAGGAACGUGAGAAAAAAGGGGCAGGAGGUGAUCGAGAGGCUCGGCCAUCGCGACGCAUCGGCCGAUGCAGGGCGACGCGACGUCCCGCCGAUCGGAUUAGACGCCGAGAAGGGGGAGGCGAGGAAACCGGAGAAACCGGUGAGCACCGUGACCGUAGUGCAACGCAGGUCGCCGUCGUUGACCAUCAGGAGCUAUCCCAAGAGCAAGCACGAUUCCGAAACCGCUGAGAGUUCAUCGACGUUGGAAGCUCGUUGCAGUUCGACGCUUCCCUACGCGAUUUCGAAAUGGCCCGAGCAGAAGAACGAUCCUAAGAAAACGAAAUUGAACGUGAAGUCGGAGUCCGAGUCCAGCGUGCCCAAGUCCUCGCCGCACGAGGUCAGGCGGAAGUUGUCUUGUCUGGAGGAGAAGCGAGCGAUUUUUCAGCGUCGCCUGUUCGACACCACUCGAGAUUCCGAGGGGACGGUGAUCGCGGUCACUUUGGACGACGACGACAGAUCAGCUCCGAAGGAAGAACAGAAACGGGAACCGACCGUCAGAAAGAAGGCUAGGCAUAUCAGCGUUAAAAAGUUCGAUACGUUCUCGACGUUCGAAGGGACCUUCGACGAGGAGACCGGUGUCGGUUACUUAGCGGGCAUUGAAGAGGACUAUACCGAGAGUUACGACAGACAGAACGAGAACUACGCAGCUACCAUGGGGCCCAUGAUGGGCGAGAGCUCGGAGAAGAAGAUUGUCAGUCAGGACAGCAUGUCGUCACAGAACAACGCGCCUAAUGCCGGAGUAGGCGAGAAACGUGAGCACUUGUACAAAAUUCUGGUGAUCGGCGAGCUGGGAGCUGGGAAGACGUCUAUCAUCAAGAGAUACGUCCAUCAGUUUUUCUCGCAGCAUUACCGUGCCACCAUUGGCGUCGAUUUCGCGUUGAAAGUGUUGAACUGGGACCCACACACUAUCAUAAGGCUGCAACUAUGGGACAUCGCUGGUCAAGAGAGGUUUGGCAACAUGACGAGAGUAUACUACAAGGAAGCGGUGGGUGCGUUCAUAGUGUUCGACGUGACGAGGAGUGCGACCCUCGACGCGGUGGUAAAAUGGAAACAGGAUUUGGACUCGAAGGUCCAACUUCCUGACGGCUCGCCGAUUCCUUGCGUGCUCCUGGCCAACAAGUGCGACCAACAGAAGGAGGGUGUCGUGAAUUCUCCUACGAAAAUGGACGAAUAUUGCAAGGAAAAGAAUUUCUCCGGGUGGUUCGAGACCUCGGCCAAAGAGAACAUCAACAUCGAGGAGGCUGCACGAUUCCUUGUCAAUAAAAUACUUCAGAACGAUCAGUUGAUGAAAGGGAACGGCGCCCAGGACCAGGCGGACGGCGAGCGUUUCGCGUUGAAUCAAUCGCCGACUAAUUCAAAGAAAUCGUGUUCCUGCUGACGAAUCGGUAACUCACCGAUAACAAGGUCGUCCGGUCCGUUAUCACCGCAUCACCGUGCAUCCGUCGGUGCCAUGACAGGAAUGCCCCCUUCUUCCGACGAACCGAUCGUCGUCGGAUCUCGUCUCGAUGACACAAACGUUCACCGUUCGAAAUCAACCUUCUCUAUCAACGCUUUCCGAGGUCUUAGAAAUUGGAACUACUUCUCAAAAAUUGUAAUACUUUAAAACUAAGUUACGACGAAUUCUAAUGCUACGUUUGCCAGUGGUUAAAAGCGUCGUUAAACACUGCACUUCAUCUUUGUACAUACACACGCGUUCGUAAGUUAUAGGGUGGCAACGCUGGCGAAGAAGGUUGCUUCGAUAAAUGAAACAAACCGAGACCGGGCCAUUCCAAGAAAUCAAUUCCAGAAAUAAAAUUCCACGUUUCAUUAUUGCUGUACAGUAUUGAACUUGAAGGUUUUGUAGCUGCGAACGACGGGACUUGGGAGUGACACAGUCGAUAUUAUUAUUUGGCCUGGGAGCAAAGCUUCGAGGGGUGGAAAGAGAGAGCAUCGAAUAUUUUAGAAAAAAUAUUCUAUAUAUCGUUUCCUGCUUUAUUUCUCAUUUCCACCCCUCAAUCGUGAAAGACUAACAAACGAACCAUCUACGCAUUCCAGCAAUUUUUAUAUCAAUUCUAACUGUUAAGUUCACACCGUCAUUUUUAUUAAACGACAACGUAGGGCUCUUACAUAACAAAAUAACUUCACGUAACAUAACUUUCUGAUCGAGCUCACAGAUUAAAGACUAACGAUCAAGGGUUUGACAAGAGGAUCCUCUCGUUUCUUUUAAACGUACGAUGGAAGCAUUAACACGACCGUGACUUACUCGAAUCGAGAGAAUAACAAUCAGCCGAUCGGCAAUUAUGAUAAACCUAGCUUUUAUGUAACAGUGCACCAACGAAUUCAGAGAUCCGUCAAGGAACCGGUUGAACGUCGGAGAACGUUGCGACCGGUUUCAAGAAAACAAUUCCUCUUUUCUAACGAGCUGUAAAGUAGAACAUUUUUAUACGAAUCGUUGAAAAUCGUCCACGAGAGGCGAAGAAGGAAAUCGAGCGUCCCUGCGUUUUUCAAACGGAUACAUUUUGUUCAUACGAUAUACAAAUUGUAUUUAUAUGUAUAAGAAAGUAUGUUAUAUAUAGUAAACGUAUAAUUUAUAGUAAAGUCAUUGAGAUUCAAUAGAACGUUUCUGUUUCGACUCAAUGUUGACCUCAGCCUCCUCAGGUUAUUUAAUUAAUUCCCCGUUACUAAUUAUCGACCGAAGCAUUCAAUCGCAAUUCUAUCGCAACGUUUCCACGUAAUUAAAUUCAGACGAAACAGGACGCGAGCGUCCUUAUACAAUUCUGCGUCAUAAAGUAAGUACCUACCACGGAAUUCACUUUCACUUCGUGCAGGGCUGAUGUAACUAUAAAAUCUUCCACCGCUAUACUUGUCAAUUCUAUGAUCCUAGCUAGUCCCGCUACCAUCGAUUUAAAGAUCAUUGCGCACAAUUGUUCCAAGUUCUAAAUUCUCAACGAAAUUCAUCCUAAUUGAUAAGUUCCACGAUUUUUAAUUAUACAACGAUGCAAUUUGAUCGUUCCAAAAAUAAGCGUCGCAUUUUUGUAGUCGCAGACUAUUGAUAAGGGAAUUGGACGAGGUUUUCUAUUGUAAUUCAUUUUAGGUGUUUUUCUAUUGUAAUUCAUUAUGACGAAAAUUUCUGAGAAUUUCUGCGAGCGUCACCUUGGCGGACAAGGAUUCGUGUUCGGUCAGGGUUGUUUCCCGUCAGCUUCGAAUAACAAAUCUUUCACUCAGCUCGUGUGUGCCUUCGGCCAUUCAUUCGCGAUCUCAUAGUCAUCGCGCGUGUAAUCGCCGUUGCGUAAGUGACACUCGUAUCCUUUUUUCUACGAUACGUUCUCAUACCCGUCCCUCAAACUUGCCAUAACUCAGACUUACUACGAAUCGAUUCCAAUUUUUGAUAAAUGGAUUAUGCAAUAAGUAUUGAUGAAGUAAUUACCUAGCCUAACAGUUAUUCUAAUUAAUUUAAGGUAUCUUAUUGUAAUUAGCGAUAAGGAAACGAUGUACGAUGUUACAUAUUUUAAUAAAUUAUUUAGCGUUGUUAAGAA